UAUCUUGGUUCUGUGACCAGCCUUGAAUGAGUUAUUUAACUUCUCUGAGCAAUAUUUUUCACGUCUCACUUAUAAACUAGGGAUGAUACUGGUAUAUGAGAUAAUACAUUCUGUGGGCUUAGCACAGUGCGUGAUACACAAAUGUGCAAUAAAUAUUACCUUGUUAUUCUUUUGGGCUCUUUGACUCUCCUGCUUUCCGCACCAGAAAGAAAAAGGAUCAAGUUAGAGGACUCUUGAUUUUUUUCCUAGAGAUUGAGAAUUGGAGGCUGGCAGAAUACAGGAAGAUAAGGCAGGAAUGAAUAAGAUUCAGGGACACUACCAAUCAGAAAACUUUGGUUCUAGGUUCAACUGUGCUGCAAAUUACUGUGAUCUUAGGCAAGCAAUUUCAUUUAGUUUUUCUGGGCUUCAGUUUUUACUCUGUAGAAUGGAGGGGUGGGAAUAUGUUAAACACCAUAAUUCAUUCACUGAAUGCCUAUUAUAUGCAAGGCAUUUUGUUAGGUUCUGUAGGAUAUAUAAAGAUUCCUUACUCCAUUUUGGGGCUCCAUUUUUUUCAAGUCCUGGGCCCAGUAAAAUAGAAUUAGAUAGUCUCAUAGUAUUUGGUUCAGGUCUGCAAGUAUUAAUUGAUCCAACUAUGGACCUGGCAUGGGAGAGGGUACAAGAGAAAUUGGAGAUAUGAUCCUGGACCUAAAAGAGCUUAAUAUCUGAAGAAUCACAGUUGAGAUGAAGGACAAGCAUCCCAACAAGUGGAGUUGGAAAGCCUGGGGGAGCUGCAGGAGAGACAGAGAAGACAGCUCUGUUUGCAUAUUGUCUUUCUUCCCACCAGCCUGUGCUGUGGGAUCUGCUCCAGAGGGAAAAGAGUGUUUGGGCCCUGCAGAUUCUAGUGCAGGCAUACCUGCAUAUGCCCCCAGAAAACCUCCAGCAGCUGGUGCUUUCAGCAGAGAGGGAGGCUGCACAGGGCUUCCUGACACUCAUGCUGCAGGGGAAGCUGCAGGUACCACCAUCCGAGGAGCAGGCCCUGGGUCGCCUGACAGCCCUGCUGCUCCAGCGAUACCCGCGCCUCACCUCCCAGCUCUUCAUUGACCUGUCACCACUCAUCCCUUUCUUGGCUGUCUCUGACCUGAUGCGCUUCCCACCAUCCCUGUUAGUCAACGAGAGUGUCCUGGCUGCCAUCCGGGAUUACAGCCCAGGAAUGAGGCCUGAACAGAAGGAGGCUCUGGCAAAGCGUCUGCUGGCCCCUGAACUGUUUGGGGAAGUGCCUGCCUGGCCCCAGGAGCUGCUGUGGGCAGUGCUGCCCCUCCUCCCCCACCUCCCUCUGGAGAACUUUCUGCAGCUCAGCCCUCACCAGAUCCUAGCCCUGGAGGACAGCUGGCCAGCAGCAGGUCUGGGGUCCGGGCAUGCCUGCCAUAUACUGCGCAGCCUGGUAAACCAGAGUGUCCAGGAUGGUGAGGAGCAGGUACGCAGGCUUGGGCCCCUCGCCUGUUUCCUGAGCCCUGAGGAGCUGCAGAGCCUAGUGCCCCUGGGUGAUCUGAUGGGGCCGGUAGAACGGGGGCUGCUGGAAUGUGCAGCCAACGGGACCCUCAGCCUGGAAGGACGGGUGGCAUAUGAACUUCUGGGGGUGUUGCGCUCAUCUGGAGGUGCGGUGCUGAGCCCCCGGGAGCUGCAGGUCUGGGCCCCGCUCUUCCCUCAGCUGGGCCUCCGCUUCCUGCAGGAGCUGUCAGAGCCCCAGCUUAGAGCCAUGCUUCCUGCCCUCAGGGAGCUAGUGUUACACUUGCUCAGGCUGUCCUGCUGCUUGGACGGCUCCUUCCUAGGCACGAUCUAUCCCUGGAGGAACUCUGCUCCUUGCAUCUUCUGCUACCCGGCCUCAGCCCCCAGACACUCCAGGCCAUCCCUAGGCGAGUCCUGGUUGGGGCUUGUUCCUGCCUGGCCCCUGAACUGUCACGCCUCUCAGCCUGCCAGACCGCAGCACUGCUGCAGACCUUUCGGGUUAAAGAUGGCGUUAAAAAUAUGGGUACAACAGGUGCUGGUCCAGCUGUGUGUGUCCCUGGUCAGGUAAGUGUGAGAUCUCCCAGCUCAGCUCCUCUCCCCAUUUUGGGGCAGUUUCCUAUGGCUGGUGCUGCCUCCCCCAUUACCCUGCAGUGGCCCUGAGAGUUCUGGUUAGCUCUGUACCCAUUAGCAGCCCUCCCCAGUUCCAGAUGCAGGACAGCAUGAUCCACCCACAUUGUCCUAGACUAAUGUCAAAGCCGGGAGGGCCUGGGAAAUCUUCCAGGCCACCCACCCUGCUUUCAGCUGAAAAGACCAAGGCUCAGAGAAGCUAAGGGACUUUGUUCGCCUUGUGCCUAACUGGCAGCAACACCUGACCACAGCAGCCUGCAGUGUGAGGCUCUUAGGCGUUUAUUGCUACAGUGGCAAAUGCCAUUCCACUUCUGUCCCAGCUUUGGUCCCUUUCCACCCCCAUGGUUUCUUUUCU